UUUUUCUCAAUGCCUCUUCUUUAUCUUCCCAUAAAAACAUUUCGUCAGAAAAUCACCGUUCAUCCAUGGCAGACUGGUCACAGCUUCCGAAGGAACUCCUUCAUGUGAUAUCUGAAUACCUUGACAGCGCACUCUAUCGCCUUCGUUUCAGAUCCGUCUGUUCCUCAUGGCGAUCCUCCUCAUCCCCCAUUUCCAACAAUCACAUUUUACCCUUUAAGUUCCCAAUCCUCUCCAACGAUUCCAACAACAACCCUUCAACCUUCUCCCUCUCCAAGCGCACCCUAUUCCUCAUCACCCCACCCCAACAACAACAACAACAACAACAACAACAACAACAACAACAAACCCUUCAACCCUGGUUGAUCAAAAUCGGCCCAGACCCAGGUGGCAGAACCGAGCUCUGGCAUCCUCUCACACGCAUCCCAAUCAAGCCUUUCACAUCUCAUUUUCCCCAAACGUUGGACCUCUACGAACUACCCGUGUUUGAUUUGGGACACGAGUUCGUCCUCAACGUUUUGGGUCCUCGUUCUUUAAAUUCCUUGUACAUGGAAAAGGUGGUUUUUGCGUGGCUGGGUUCGGGUUUCGUUCUGCUCACGAUUCAUGUUUCUGGGAGACUGGCUCUGUUCAGGUCCGGUGAUGUGGAUUGGAUCAUAAUUCCCGACAUGCCGACACCGUACGAUGAUGUUUGUGUUUUCAAGGGGAGACUUUGCGCUGUUGACAACUCGGGUCGGACCGUGGUGGUCGGGUUGGACUCGACUGUGGGUUUGGUGGCUGAGCCUGUGUUUGGUGGUGACAAGAAGUUCUUGGUGGAGUCUGAGGGUGAGUUGUUGUUGGUGGACAAGUAUAUAGUGGACUCUGAUUAUAUGUGUAGAGCUGUGAGGUUUGAUGUGUAUAGGCUUGAGGAGGAGGAGAAAAAGUGGGUGGAGUUGAGGAGUUUGGGGGAUCGUGUUUUGUUCUUGGGGGAUGAUUGUGCAUUUUCUAUUUCUGUGUCGGAUUUGUGUGUUGGCAAAGGGAGCUGUCUGAUUUUCAGAGAUGAUGAUUACUUCAAUAUUAAUGACAUGGAAAGUGGGUUGAGUGUUUUUCACUUGGAUGAAGGUCGGAUUUCGCCUUUGUCUGAUUAUCCGGGUUUUUCCAAGUUGUUCUGGCCCCCUCCGGACUGGAUCAGAUGGAGAAAUGGUCACUUGUUAAAUGCACCUGCUUACCUAACACCACAAUUCCUCCCAUCCCUCAAUUUGAUGCAGCAAUUUGGGUCCAAAGAUGAACUUGAAAGUCGCCGUCAUAUUGGAGAAUGCAAUUACUUUUCUCAAGGUGAAAAUCGCCACUCAUCCAUGGCAGACUGGACUCAACUUCCGAAGGAACUGCUCCAUCUAAUAUGGGAACACCUUGACAGCACACUCUAUCGCAUUCGUUUCCGAUCGGUAUGUUCCUCGUGGCGCUCAUCUUGUUCCCCCAUCCCCACCUACCACCCUUUCCCCAUUGAGUUCCCAAUCGUCGAUCCCAACAACAAUAACGAGGACCCUUCAACCUUCUCCCUCUCCAAGUGCACAUUGUUACUCAUCACUCCACCCCAUCAACCACCACAACAACAACAACAACAACAACAACAACAACAACAACACACCCUUCAACCCUGGUUGAUCAAAAUCCGCCAUGACCCAGAUGGCCGAACCGCGCUCUAUCACCCUCUCGCACGCUUCCCCUUCCCAACCGAACAUCCCACAUUCAAUUUUCACCAACUGUUGGACCUCUACGAACUACCCGUUAUUGAUUUGGGACACCAGUUCUUCCUCAGGGUUCAUAAACUUACGGUUACUUCAUGUUCCAAAAUCUUCUACAAGGGAAAGAUGGUUUUUGCGUCGUUGGGGUCCACUUUCGUUCUGCUCACGAUUCAAUAUUCUGGUGGGAUAUCUCUGUUCAGGUUUGGUGAUGAGCGUUGGACUAAAAUCCCCUUUGACAUGAGGAAACCCAAGGAUAUCUGUGUCUUCAAGGGGAGAAUUUUCGCGGUUGACAAGACGGGUCGGACUGUGGUGGUCGGGUCGGACUUGAGCAUGGGUUUGGUGGCGGAUCCUGUGUUUGGCGGUGAGAACAAGUUCUUGGUUCAUUCUGAGGGUGAGUUGUUGUUGGUGGACAAGUUCGUACAGUACUGCAAUGUGCUUGAUGAUUAUGAUAGUGAUGAUGUUGAUGUUGAUGAUGAUGAUAAUAUUUCGAGGUUUGAUGAUUAUGAUUAUGAUAGUGAUGAUGUUGAUGUUGAUGAUGAUGAUGAUAAUAUUCCUGAGCCUUGGUGGCCAAGAUCUGUGAGGUUUGAUGUGUAUAGGUUUGACGAGGAGGGGAAGAAGUGGGUGCAGUUGAGGAGUUUGGGGGACCGGGUUUUGUUCGUAGGGGGUGAUUGUGCGUUUUCUGCUUCUGUGUCGGAUUUGCGUGUUGACAAAGGAAACUCUGUGAUUUUUAGAGAUGAUGAUAGCUUUGACAUCGAUGAACCGGAAAGUGGGAUGGGUGUUUUUGACUUGGAUGAAGGUCGGAUUUCGCCCUUGUCUGAUUAUCCGGGUUUUUCCAAGUUGUUCUGGCCCCCUCCUGAUUGGGUCAAGCUGGAGCAUUGGUGGUAGAGAGUUAGGUUGUUGAAAAUGGAACAAAGUGGCAUCAUGUCUGCAUACUAGAGGAUUGUACCGAGGCUUCCUCAAUUCCUAUGAAGUUUCUCUGUUUAGAAAGCAAAUCAACUUUGAAACCCUCCACUGAUUACAAAUUCUUAAGUAGUGUUCAUAUUCUGUAACAUAUGCUAUUACUGGAUUAGUUUUCUGAUCGGUUCUGUUGCACCUAGUUUAUGAUAUUUUAUCUGCUU